AUGCGGGCGAGCCUGAGCCCCGCCCUGCGGGCAGCGCCACGCCCUCGUCGGCCCUACCGCGCGUCUGUGCUGACAUGCCGCGCGGAGCUCGUCCGGCCCCCGCCCAGACGUCCCACCCAGGACAGCGGCGGCGGCGGGAGGGGGGACGGCGGCCGCGGCAGAGGCGGCGGCAGGGGCGGCGGCGGCCGGGGCAAGGCGCCCGAGGGCGGUAGACGGAUGAGCCUCGACGAGGCGCGCGGGUGGCUGAAGCAGCUGUUUGCCGGCCCUCGCCUGCAGCUCACAAACGCUGCCGGCAAGGACCCUUCCUCCGGACUGCCGCUCCCGCCGCUGCGCCCGGGCGCCGCGGGCCACGCGGUGUCGCUGCUGGUCAACCGUUUCCCAGUCCAGACCGGCAACGCGGAGGUGCUGCAGUACCUCGUCACCUUCCCGGACCGGCAAGGGCAGUCCGGCGGCGGGGGCACCGCCGCCAAAGGCGCGGGCGCGGAGGCCGAGAGGGGGCGGCCGCAGGUUGGCCUGGAUGAGAGGCGGGGCCUGAUGGAGCGGCUCGCGAGGCAGCAGGGGUGGCAGCCAGACUCCUGGGCGUUUGACGCCGGCGGCGGCAUGCUGUUUGUGAGGUCCAAAGGAGACGCCGCAAACAGCCUCCCGGAGGAGCGCCGCGAGUGGCGCGUGCCCCAGGGCGACGGCGGCGGCGCCGCCGCUGCCGCAAGGCCGCCAUGGCCGCGGGCCAGCGGGGGCGGCGGCGAUGAUGCGGUGGUGGCGACGCAGCUGCACUCGCGGUUCAGCAUGGCUGCGACAGCAGGGGAGCAGCGGGAAUCUGCGAGGCAGCUGCUCGGGCUCCUGUUCCGCACCGCGCUCGCCACGGUAGCGCCGCAGGCGGUGCAGUCGGAGGCGCGCGGCGGCGGCGGCGGCGGCAGCGGCGGCGGGCAGGACGUGACAGCACUGCUGGAGCGCGAAGACGCGGCCGGCGGCCGCGGCAGCGGGCGGGGCGGCGGCGGUGGCCGGGGCCGGGGCGGCGGCCGGGGCGGCGGCAUGGGGGGUUUGCAGCUCUGGCGCGGCCUCCGCCACUCGGUCCGGCACGCCGGCGGCGCGGCGCCGGGGCCGCAGCCGCAGCUGCAGCUGCAGCUCGACGCGGCGGCCGGCGCGGUUGUGCCCGCGGGGCCGCUGGCGCAGCUGCUGGCUGAGGGGGUGCAGGGCCUGGGGGAGGAGCGGCUGGGGGGCCUGGCCAGGGAUAAGGACUUGCUGAGCCGCGCGGACGCCUUUGUCAAGGGCAUUCAGGGGGGCGGCUUGGAGGGGGGCGGCAGCGAGGGGCCCUGA